AUGACGACGACGACGAUGGCGAGCGACGCGCUGAAGGCGCUGGAACCGGCGACGAGGGACGCGAACGCGUUCAAAGCGCGCGCGGCGCUGAUCGCGAUGCGUGAGAUCAUCGAUGGGACGACGGAGGCGACGGAGGCGGGCGUCGGCGCGCGAGCGUGCUGGUCGGGCUGCCGCGAGUGGCUGGGAUCGGGAAAGAAAGACGCGAGAAAAGACGCGGUGAAGACGACGCUGGCGCUCAUGCGGUGCGGAAUAACGAGGGAAGAGAUGGAGGAUAAGCUGUCGUUCGCGUGGAAGCACGCGAACUGGCGGUUUCGAGUUUCGGCGAUUGAAAUUUUGAGCGCGACGAUGGCGACGACGGAGGACGACGCGUUCGCGAGACGAUGCUUUGAUGCGUUCGCGCGGACGCUGGGGGAUCGCGAAGGCGAAGUGCGCGAACAGGCGAUGGAUGGAAUCGCGGUGGUGUUUGAAAAGUUUCCGCGCGUCGGGCGAGAGGCGCUCGAGGCGACGAAAGACGCGAUGCGACCGCAACACGUCAAGGAGAUCGAACGACGGUUGGACGGCGCGAAAGCGGAGACGAACGAGAUGGAGACGUCGAAGUCGGCGAGCGAGAGCAUGAGCGCGAGUGCGGUGGUGAAACCGCUGGGCGAUGGAUUGGUGCCGCCGCCGCCCGAACGUAUAUCCAACGAACGAGAAUUCACGCGCGCGAUGGAUCGCGUCACGCGAGACUUGCGCCCAGACGUGGAUUGGCUGAAAAGAAUCGCGGCUAUGGUGCGUUUAGAGGCCAUCACGCUCGGCGGUGGCGGAGAGGUUUUCGAAGACGCGUUCACGUCGUCGCUCGGAAGAGCCGUGGAGGUGCUCUUGGCGCAAAUUAGCGACAGACGAAGCGCCGUGGUGAAGCAAGUUUCUCACCUGCUCGUCACUCUGGCGCGCGGCGCGACGAAAUCUUUCGCCCAAUACGUCGAUCAUUUUGUCAUGGCGCUCCUGAAAACGACUGUGGUUACCGUUGGUGUCAUUGCCGACAGCGGAAAUGCGUGCAUUCGAGGCAUCAUCGAGCACUGCCACGCGCCGAAAUUGGUCCAAAGAUUAACGGACGCCGUCGUCGCGGAGCGCGCGCCGAAGAUGCGAGGCUGCAUCGUGGAGUAUCUUUCAAUCAUUUUGAAAUCGUGGGAGUUGAGCAACCGUCACAUCGACGCCAUCGGCGACGCUCUUCGAGUCACGUUGUCUGACGCGGAUGCUACGGUUCGAGCGAAUUCGAAAGCUUGCUUUGAGAUCUUAUCCGUGACGUCGCCGACGGCGAGCGGCGAUCUCUUGACGCGCGUAGACUCGAAGCUCGCGAGAAGUUUGUCCAACUUGACCAACGACAGUGAGUCCGAAGAGACAUCUUCCGUCGCUAGACGCGGUCGAAGCGGUUCGCUCUCGAGCGCGCCCAGUCGAAUCGCGCCGGAAGCGCCUGCCGCCAAGAAACUGCCGACGCCGGCGCCCACCGAGGCGCGGGACAUCGCUUCGGCGGUCAUGUUCGCCGAACGCGUUGAACGCGCGGCUGAAAGAGCGAGUCGAGCCGAGGCAAGUUCGAGAUUACGCGGCGCACUCGACGACGCCGAUGCACGCACGCACGGUGCGCGGGCGGCGCAGUUUGAGGCGCAGGUGACCCUGCACGCAGCGCGCAUUGCCGAGCUUCUCUUGGGCUACAUUUCUGACUCCAACGCCCUCGUUCUCGAUCCUGCGCUCGAAUCGAUCGCCACGCUGGUGUACAUCGCUUCGGAAGACUUGAAGCAAGUCAUGCCAGAUUUGUGCUUGGGCGUAUUCGAGUGCUUGACCGACCACCGCGAGUCGACGCGCUCUCUCUCCUCCGAAGCGCUCACCGCCAUAGGCGACGUGCACAAGCCGAACGCUCUCUUGCCGGCGCUCUUGCGCUCAUUACAUCUCGCCUCGACGGCAAAAACAAAAACGGGUGUGUUAGAGUUCGCUUUAUACGUUCUUUCCGGGCGCGGGGGCGGCGCGGAUGAGGUCGUACACACGCCGGCGUCGGUAUCCGCGAACUUGGAGUCGUGGAUCGACCUCGUCGUUGAAUUGGCGUGCGACGUCAACGAACCGCUAGCCAAGGCGGCGGGGUCAAACUUGGGGGCGAUCCACGUGCACGUCGACGGCGCAGUCGUACCGCGUCGGUUGUUGGCGAGCUCGGAAUAUAAGCGAGUUCGGUUUAUGGAAGCCAUCGAGCGGCGCGUGCCUAAGCUCGCGGAAAUGUUGCGACCAUUUCUCGAAGCGCCGCCGACGCCGCCGCCAGCGCCGCCGCCAGCGCCAGCGCCCUCGCCACCGGUCGUCACAGCUACGAUGCACGACGUUGGAUACGACAGCCUUGACGAAGAACACGGGUAUGAAGACCAGAACAUGGGGUCGCUGAACCGGUCCUAUGAAACGAUGCGUAUCGAGGCGUCCGCAGGCAAGUCUCGCCACGCCGGCGUCGGCGAGCGAAUCGUCGAGGCGAUGGAAGGCUUACGCGAUGAGAAUAUCGACACGGUCGUGCGUUCGCUGCGCACGAUCGCCUCGAGUGCCGAAGACUGCUUCGCACACUUCAAACCGUACAUGCCGUUGCUCGUGCCUACCGUGUGUUCGGCGAUGGACGAUGAGAAUGAACUCGUCGCCGCUCACGCCUAUGGGGCACUUCGUGCAAUUUUUCAACAUCGAGAAAUUGAUACUGAGGACGCGUUUACCGCGCUCGCACCUUUGAUUAACGCAUAUAGCGCGUCCACAGCGCCGCUCAUAUGCGCGCACAUGAUCAUCGAAACCGCCGAUGCGGCGAGCGUGGAGUCAUCGUUGCCGCUCGUCUUGCCGAGCGUCGCGGAUGUGUGCGCGAGCAAGACCGUCGCCAUUCGCCAUCGCGCUUUGAACGCGCUCGGUGCGUGUCAACGCACAUUCGGCGCGGCUUCGCUUUCGCCAUACGUCGAAGCGUUAUCGGUCACCCAUCGCGCUGUGCUCGCCCAUUACGCACGCAAUUGA